AUGACGGGGCUUGCGGAGAAGAUGCAGCAUGCCGGCUACCAGACGCACCUGGUGGGCAAAUGGGACGUCGGGAUGGCCACGCCCUUGCACACUCCGCUUGGGAAGGGAUACGAUUCCUGGCUGGGCUACUUCCAGGAUGCCAAUGACUACUGGCAAGAAAGCGUGCCCUUUGCAUUAACAGGCAGUCUUGACAUUUGCUUGAAUAAGUUCAGAGACUUCUCCCUCUACAACAGAACGUACCGGGCGGGUGUCACAGAAGCUGUGGCUCGCGAGCUGGGAUGCGAUGCCAAUGUGAGGCAUGUACAAGAAAAGGCAAUCAAGCCGCAGGUCAAUGCAACCGGUUGCAACCAGGAUGAUCCCGACUACUGUCUUCCCGACGGUUGCUUCGAAGAGGCUAUGUUCAACCAGUAUGCCCUGAAGAUCAUCAGGGAGCACAACCGCCACCAGCCCCUCUUCCUCUUCUACUCCUUCCACCUCCUCCACACUCCCUUGCAGAUCCCCGAGUCCUACUUGCAUGAGAUCGACAGCCUCGUGGCCCAAAGCGGGAUCCCUCAUAUCAUCCCGUGGACGCAGAACCGGAGGCUCUACGCCGCCAUGACUUUGUACAUGGACAGCAUGGUAGGCAACUUGAUUGCUGCCCUCAAAGAGCGCCAGAUGUACGAAGACACGCUCAUCGUGUUCGCCGCGGACAACGGCGGUCCUCUUUACGAGCCGGGCUCAGCCAACAAUUGGCCUUUGAAAGGAGGCAAGUACAGCGACUGGGAGGGAGGUGUGCGAACCAACGCCUUCGUGUCGGGUGGCUUCGUGCCCCCGGCGCGGCGCGGCGCGAAGUUCAGCGGUGUCAUCUCCAUUGCGGAUUGGUAUGCAACGCUGUCCACCAUCGUGGGCGUUCCUGUCCACGACGAGAAAGCGGAGGAGGCCAAUAAGUACUUAGUUCAGAAUGGCUUGCCCUUGUUACCCCCAGUGGACGGCCGGCCCCAGUGGGAGAACAUCGUUGGGGACAUCAACGGCCGGAAGGACGCGCUGCAUCUUAGCCCGGAGGCCCUCCUGUGGUGGCCCUUCAAGCUUGUCACGGGCCAGCAUUUGUACAGCUUCCACCAAGGUCCGGUGUCCCCCAACCGCACCACAGAUGCACGACAUUGGUUACAUGCGUAUGAGUUCUCCGUGGAUGUUUCUGUAGUCUCCUUAGUAUGA